AAUGACUUCAGUUCAGGCUUUGAGAGAGUUUAUCAGCGAGCGACUGACUGCUGCUGCUGGAGAAAUAUUCACCGUGUUUGAACAAACUAUCGUCCAGUUCGAGGAGGAGAUUGAUCGACAACGCAGACUUUUGGAAACCAGCUUCAACACAACAGAGAGUCCACAGCAACACAUUGGUGAGCAGAAGACGAUCUCCAGCCUGGAGCAGGAGGAACGUGAAGCUCCACACAUUAAAGAGGAGGACGGUGUGGUUGAAGUGACUGUCACUGAUGGUGAAAGAGAGAAUUCCCUCGACUCUGUGAGAGACUCGACCACCCAGAGACUGACUGCUGCUGCUGUGGAAAUAUUCACCCUGUUUGAACAAACCAUCGUCCAGUACGAGGAGGAGAUUGAUCAUCUGAACACACUGCUGGAAAUCGGCUGGAGUCGUCAAAUCAAAUUACACAGAACAGAGCUCCCACGGCACCAUGACUGUAGAGAAGAGCAGCUCUUCGAACAGGAAACAAGCUACUGUCUGGAGCAGGAAGCACCAGAACCUCCACAGUUCAAACAGGAACCAGAAGAACCUCCAGAGAUUAAAGAGGAACCAGACGAACCAGAACUUCUACAGUUUAAAGAGGAGCAGGAGGAACCAGAAACUCCACAGAUUGAGGAACCUGGUACCAGCCAGAAGGGAGAGCACCAUGUGAAAGAACGUUUUGACACAGAAUCAAGUAGAAAUGCAGAGCUGGAAAAUAUCAGCAUGUUUCAUCGUGACAGUGUGGAAAAGUUUCCUGAGUCAGAGAAGCAGGCUGAAUGUGAAAAACUUCCUUGUGAGGAAACAUGUGAUGAACCUCUCUGUAAAGAACCUAAAAUAUGUCAUAAGGUUGGAAAGGUUACGGAUAACAGCAAGAUAAUUUGUGAAACAUGUGGCAAAAGUUUUAGCAAUCAUCGGAAUUUGUUGCGCCACAUGAGAAUUCACACAGGUGAGAAGCCGUAUUCAUGUGAAAUAUGUGGGAAAUGUUUCAGCCAAAAAAUUCAUUUUUUGGUCCACACGAGAACUCACACAGGCGAGAAGCCGCAUUCUUGUGAGACAUGCGGGAAAAGUUUUAGUAAACAGGGUCAUUUGUUGAUCCACAUGAGAAUUCACACAGGCGAGAAGCCACAUUCUUGUGAAACAUGUGGCAAAAGUUUCACCCAACACAUUAGUUUGUUGCGCCAUAUAAGAAUUCACACGUGUGAGAAACCAUAUUCUUGUGAAGCAUGUGGGAGAAGUUUCAGUCAACAGAGUCAUUUGUUGGUCCACAUGAGAACUCACACAGGUGAGAAGCCGUAUUCUUGUGAAACCUGUGGGAGAAGAUUCUCUCAUCGUAGUACAUUGUCACACCACCUGAAAACUCACAGAUAGAUGAAGUCAUGGACGACUGUGGGAGAUGUCAUCAGUCAGCCCAGCUUUUUUGAAGUAUUAUUUUUAUUAAACAUUCAU